AUGCCGUUCCACCCGGUGACGGCGGCGCUGAUGUACCGGGGCAUCUACACCGUGCCCAGCCUGCUGUCGGAGCAGCGCCCCGUGGACAUCCCCGAGGACGAGCUGGAGGAGAUCCGAGAAGCCUUCAAAGUCUUUGACCGCGAUGGCAACGGCUUCAUCUCCAAGCAGGAGCUGGGCACGGCCAUGCGCUCGCUGGGCUACAUGCCCAACGAGGUGGAGCUGGAGGUCAUUAUCCAGCGGCUGGACAUGGACGGGGACGGCCAAGUGGACUUUGAGGAGUUCGUGACCCUCCUGGGCCCCAAGCUGUCCACCAUGGGCAUCCCGGAGCGGUUCCACGGCACCGACUUUGACACCGUCUUCUGGAAGUGCGACAUGCAGAAGCUGACGGUGGACGAGCUGAAGCGGCUGCUGUACGACACCUUCUGCGAGCACCUGUCCAUGAAGGACAUCGAGAACAUCAUCAUGACGGAGGAGGAGAGCCACCUGGGCACGGCCGAGUGCCCCGUGGACGUGGAGACCUGCUCCAACCAGCAGAUCCGCCAGACGUGCGUGCGCAAGAGCCUCAUCUGCGCCUUCGCCAUCGCCUUCAUCAUCAGCGUCAUGCUCAUCGCGGCCAACCAGGUGCUGCGCAGCGGCAUGAAGUAG